AUCCAUUGUCAUAAGAGUUAAAGACAUUAUCCAAGGGUGCGGGUAGGGGGUGAUGCAGGAAUGGGAAUCUGGGGAUGGAUUAGUUGUUUCACUUGCAUAAACAGUGUCACGUUUACAACCACCCCAGCGAUCUGUGACACCAAGCACCCCUUUGCUACUGACAUGCGUGCCAUAUGCCACAAGGACACAUACUGAUGAGUAGUGUCUCUGUGCAGUUUGAAAAGAAACAAUUUGCUCUCGUUGUGUAAUCCGAAUUUCAUGGUUGUGCUCACAGUCAGAUAAACAUCAAGAAAACAGAUGAUCCUUGUUAAAUUUUCCAUUUAUCUAUUCCUUUGUAAAUAUCAAUCAAUUAAUAGCAUGCAAUGGCUGACCAUUUGAUUGGCUACUGCUCGGUUAUGGUCAGAGGGAAGAGCUGGGUUAUAAAUGCCUCGGCUUGCGAGAGGAUCUAACAAACAGGCUUUGCACACUCAACGCCUGUUUUACCCGGCAGCACUUCUUUUGAAGCCAAUUCCAAAGAAGAUCAAGGAAGUAAAUCUGAAACCAAAAGAAAUUCAUCCUUAAGAAAGAGAACUUUGGAGUGUUACUUUUAUGCUUCUAAAUGUAUCAACUGAAAGAGCUACAGCAGCAAAUGCAACUGAAAACAACACUGCAACGAGAACUUGUACUAGAUGUGGCAGAAAAGGUAUGGUCACUUUCUGCAAAAGGCUGAUGAACACCAAAGAGGCUCCUAGCCUUCAAGCACGGGUAACUUCUUUGAUAUCUUUGGUGUACCUAACUUUAUUAAUGAUACAUUAACAACCGUAACACUGAAAGUUAAUUCCAAGUGUUUGAAAACGUUCCAGUUGGUAGUCUUCCCUUUCAGCGGGCAAGAGACUGAUUGUUGAAAACUCCCUAGCCAUCUUUCCUUCAAAGUGCCAACAUUUCGUUUUUGAAUUAUUGUUUAACAUUUGCUGAAUAUGGAUACCACGACGUUAGCUCCACAUGGAUCCGUACAAAAGGAUCUUUCGUCUCACUGGUUGCCGAAGAAUGCCAACAAUUCUUACAAUAUUUCCUCUUUGCAAUGUAAAGAAAUCGAUAUUCCAGAGGAGAUCUUCUUAACACUUGGUCUUCUCAGUUUUUUGGAAAAUAUGCUGGUUAUCAUAGCUAUUGUUAAAAACCGGAAUUUGCAUUCUCCGAUGUAUUAUUUCAUUUGCUGCCUGGCUGUGGCAGAUAUGUUGGUCAGUGUGAGUAAUACAAUAGAAACAAUUGUUAUUAUUCUAAUGGAGAAACAAGCGAUGAUUGUGCAGAACUACACCCUUAAACACAUAGACAAUCUAAUAGAUCUGAUGAUCUGUACCUCAAUGAUAUCGUCACUCUCCUUCUUGGCUGCCAUUGCAGCUGACAGGUACAUCACUAUAUUUUACGCCUUACGAUAUCAUGUCAUUAUGACCACUCGGAAUGCUGCCAUCAUCAUUGUUGGAAUCUGGAUAGUCAGCAGUGUCUCGAGCAUCUUAUUCAUCGUCUACUCGGAGAGUGGCGCGGUCAUUAUCUGCCUCAUUUCCUUCUUCUUUGCAAUGUUGUUGAUCAUGGGUGGCAUGUACUUCCACAUGUUUACUCUUGCUCAAAGUCACACCAAGAAGAUGAUGAUGCAACGGAAGAAGAGAACUGCCCACCAAGCUGCCAACAUGAAAGGAGCCAUCACACUGACAAUAUUGCUGGGACUCUUUCUCAUUUGCUGGAGUCCCUUCUUCCUCCAUCUUCUGCUCAUCAUCAGUUGUCCUAACAACCCCUAUUGUCUGUGCUUCACUUCCCACUUCAACAUGUUCCUGAUUCUCAUCAUUUGCAAUUCGGUCUUUGAUCCCAUCAUCUAUGCAUUAAGAAGCCAGGAACUACGCAAAACCGUAAAGGAAAUUGCUUUCUGUUCUUGGUAG